AAGACGAGUUGACCAAUUACCACUCCUUGACUUCACGAUUUUUGUAGUCUGAGGCCAUUAAGAAACAAUAGUAAUUAAGAGACCAUGGAGGUAAAUGCGGAAAUCGGAAUCUCAGAAGUAUACUUUGCUAUUUUAUCUGGUGCUUCUUCAGUCUCCAUUCCAGUGUCGAAUCCCACAUAAUCCUGAUUCCUGACAGGAAGAAAGAUGGAGCUCUGUAUCUGGGAGCAGAUCAAAGCUCAACCCUUUUGGGUUUUGGUUCCAUUGAUUCUGGGUUUCCUGCUGGUGCUCAAAUCCGCCAUAGCUUCCCUCAUAUGGGUUUACGUCUACUUCGUCAGACCUGCAAAGGAUCUCAAGAAAUACGGUUCUUGGGCACUCGUGACGGGACCUACCGACGGCAUUGGAAAGAGCUUGGCCUUCGAGUUGGCCCGGAAACACCUUAAUUUGGUGUUGGUGGGUCGCAAUCCUAAGAAGCUUAAAGAUGUUUCGGAUGCCAUUAAAGCCAGGUACGGUGGAACCCAGAUCAGGAAUGUUGUCAUUGAUUUGGCCGGUAACCUAUCGGAGGGCGUCGAACGGAUUGGGAAAGCCAUCGAAGGGUUGGAUGUUGGUGUUCUGGUGAACUGCGCAGGGGUUGCUUACCCUUACGCGAGGUUCUUCCAUGAAGUGGAUAAAGAAUUGCUUGAGGAUAUGAUUCAGGUCAACGUGGAAGCCAUUAAUAGGAUUAUCAAGGUUGUUCUUCCUGGGAUGAUUCAAAGAAAGAGAGGUGCAAUUGUCAAUAUAGGGUCGGGUUCGGUCACUGCCACACCUUCGUAUCCGCUUGUCUCUGUUUAUGCAGCCACCAAAGCGUACGUCCAUCACUUUUCAAGAUGCCUUCAUGUGGACUGCAAAUUGCAUGGGAUUGAUGUGCAGUGCCAGGUUCCUCUACUUGUGGCAACGAAGAUGUCAAAGAUAAGGAGAACUAACUUGUUCACGCCAUCACCGGAGGAGUACAGUAAGGCGAGCCUAAGAUGGAUUGGGUAUGAUCAUACAUGUGUGCCGUAUUGGCCACAUUCUAUACAGACGGCUGUGAUUCAUGCGUUACCUGAGGCUUUGGUCGAUUGGUUAAUUUUCCGAUACUUUCUCGACAUGCGUAAGAAGGGACAAAUUCGGGAUUCCAUGAAGAAGCAGUAGAACAAGGCCAUGCAGCUAAGAUGAGUAAAGUUGCAGAGAUCCAUCUUUUAAAUCAUAUUUCAGUAUAUUUGUUUCUUUUAUAAGUGUCUUAAUAUAGAACUUCUCUGGAAAAAAAAAUCCUUAGCUUUGUUUCGGAAAUUGGAAUCGGAUUGGUGGAAUUAGCCAUGAUUGAACUUGGUUUGGAUUUUGACUGUUUUUG